AGAAGCAAUAAUCCAAAGUUACAGCAAACAGACAUGGCUAAAGUGCACAUUACGAACGUAGUAGUUUUAGAUAAUCCAAGCAGUUUCUUUAAUCCUUUCCAAUUUGAACUGACUUUUGAGUGCAUUGAGGAACUAAAAGAGGAUUUAGAAUGGAAGAUGAUUUAUGUCGGAAGUGCUGAGUCAGAGGAACAUGAUCAAGUCUUAGAUACAAUUUACGUUGGUCCAAUUCCUGAAGGACGACACAUUUUCGUAUUUCAAGCAGAUCCACCAGAUACAACAAAGAUCCCAGAACAAGAUGCUCUCGGCGUUACAAUUGUACUGCUUACAUGUUCAUAUAAAGGACAAGAAUUUGUUCGAGUUGGAUAUUUUAUUAAUAACGAAUAUAGUGAUCCGGAAUUACGUGAAAAUCCACCAACGAAACCUCAAUUUGAUAAAAUGACCCGAAACAUCCUUGCCACAAAACCCCGCGUUACUCGAUUUAAGAUUAAUUGGGAUGAUACAAACAAUACUGAAGAGCAAAUUGAGAAUGGCACGAAUGGAGAGAGCAAUCCACAACAAAAUGGUAUGGAGUGGAAUGAAGACUUAGAAUUGAACGAUGGAUCGCAAGAAGGAAGUAGUUUACAAUUAUUGGGUGCUGGCAAUGAGAACUCAAAUUCCCUUGCGAUGAUGGAAUGUUAG